CUCAGAGCGACACUCCUUCUGCUGAUUCAGCCAUUCUUCUCGAUUGCACUGACACAUUUCUUUUUCUGUCUUUCCUCCGAAGACUUCAUCGACGGCUCAAGCAGUUGUCAAUCAGCCCCCCUGAAUUGAAGUCACACCGAACUUGACAGAAGUCUUCUCAUCUAAGUCCAGGUUUCAGCGGCUUUGAAACAGUUCCAGUGCAGUGCAGAUAAGGCGGCGAUAAGGACGGCCCUGGGCUGCCUCGACAGGACCGUUGUGAAAGUGUUGAGGUCUUCUGAGCAGGAAUGCAAUGACAGGUCUGGACCUGCACUUCCGCAUUUAACAGGAAGAAGUGAAGAGCCAGAGCAACAGAUGCAAUCCACAUCAACACACCCAAAUGAGCCUGCAUGUAACUGUUUUUCGGUGGUGAGCCUGGUUUGAGAAUAACAUUUUGAGUUGGAGCUGGUUUCCAUGAAGCUUUUGUCUUGAAACUAACUGGUGAAAAGCGGAUUAAAAACAUUCGAAAAGGUGAACGACAUAGACGCCAUGUUCACCGACCUGCUGGGGGAGAUGGACCUCCUCACACAGAGUCUCGAUCAACCAACAGUCGCUCCUGAACCCCUCCCCAUCCCCAGCACCACUGAAAUGAACUACUCCAUUGGAUUCACAGACCUUAAUGAGUCCCUCCAUGAACUGGAAGACCAUGAUUUGGAUGCUCUCAUGGCCGUUUUGGUAGCCGACAUCAAUGCAACGGAAGAGAAACUCACGGCGAAGAUGAACGAUCAGAAGGUGUUACCACCGCCCCCAUCAGACCUGCCGGCCCCACCUAAGGGCAUGAGCACCUACUCUGCUUCCUCCAUCGCUUCCCCAACAUCACCCGCGAGCAGCACCGGCAGCAAUGUUAGCACCCCAGCCUCCUCCUCCGCCUCCCCAUUGCCACCUCCGCCUCCUCAGUCUGCAAAGCCUACAAUGGAGGAAAUCGAAGCGCAGAUUAAAGCGGACAAAAUCAAGCUGGCUCUCGAGAAGCUCAAAGAAGCUAAAGUGAAAAAGCUGGUGGUGAAGGUGCUGUUGACUGACGGCAGCUCAAAGACCCUGAUGGUGGACGAGAGGCAGAACGUCAGGGAGGUUCUGGACAAUCUGUUUGAGAAGACUCACUGCGACUGCAGUGUGGACUGGAGCCUGUGUGAGACCAACUAUGAACUGAAUCUUGAACGGACGUUUGAAGACCACGAGAACCUUGUGGAGCCUCUGUUAGCGUGGGCGAGGGACACCAUGAAUAAAGUCCUCUUUCAGGAGCGGACAGAGAAGAAUGAGAUGUUCAGAAACCCACAGAACUUCUAUCUAUGGAAGAAAGAUCAGAAAGCUCUCAAAGAAAUAAAAGACAAAGACAAGGAGUUGCUAGUACAGGAGAACUUCUGCGGGACUUCUGUCAUCGUGCCCGAUCUCGAGGCCGUGCUGCACCUCAAAGAAGACGGCAAGAAGUCCUGGAAGCAGCGGCUCUUCCAGCUGAGGGCCUCGGGGAUUUAUUACGUGCCCAAAGGGAAGACAAAGUCAUCCCGUGACCUUGUCUGCUUUGUCCAGUUUGACAAUAUGAACGUGUACUACGGCAAAGACUUCAAGACCAGAUACAAAGCUCCAACUGACUUCUGCUUUGUCCUGAAGCAUCCUCAGAUCCAGAAAGACUCUCAGUACAUCAAGUACCUGUGCUGUGAUGAUGCUUGGACCAUGAACCUUUGGGUGACAGGAAUACGCAUCGCAAAGUACGGUGCGUCGUUGCAUGAAAACUUUAAAGCAGCAGAGAAGGCUGCCGUCAGCUCCGUGUGGGCCAACCGCAGCACGCCAUCGAGCUCCAGUUCAUCAACACCUUCUCCCACCAUCACAGCUAAAUCACCAAGCCAGGCCAAUGGUCACGCUCCGAAGCCCCAACCAGGACCUGUGUCUCAGGACUUUGGAAACGUCCCUCCUCCACCUCCCCCUCCACCAAUGGCGAAUAUUCUCCCCCCACCUCCUCCUGACACGUUCCUUCCCCCUGCGCCUCCUCCUCUGGCACGCAAGAACUCAGCAAAACCUCCUCCUCCCCAGCGACACCUGCCUACAAACUUCCCUCCACCUCCACCUGCAAUGGACAACCUCCCUCCUCCACCACCGCCCCCACCAAUGGACGACGCCUCAGAGGCCCCGCCGGACUUCCUCCCGCCCCCUCCUCCCGCCGCGGGCUUUGGUUCUCUUCCACCUCCUCCUCCACCUAUUAACUCCUUCCCACCACCUCCUCCCCCUGGUAGUUUUGGAGGUAUGGGCCGAUCUUUGCCACCUCCACCUCCUGAUCCGGGCUUUUUACCACCACCUCCACCUCAGCCAGUGUUUACAGGAGCCGGCGCCCCUCCUCCACCUCCUCCCCCGCCGCCGCCUCCAAUGGCCGCCGCUCCAAGAGCACCAGUUAGACCGUCAGUGAAGAAGAUUCCUCCUGCCACACCUAAGCGUACGACACCAUCGCUACAAGGAGGUGGAGGAGGAGGAGGUGGAGGUGGUGGAGACUUCAUGUCAGAACUGAUGCUGGCCAUGAACAAAAAGCGAAGUACUUAGGCUGAACCAGGAAUUUGUGGUCAAGUCAAGCUGCGUUCGCACAACUAACUUUAUCAGCCUCGACUUGAUUUCAGAAAGAAACAUCUCCAACAUGAAGUGAGACGUCAUCUUUUUUUCUAAACCACCUUUCUCCAGAAAUAAAAGCUCAUUAAGCAGG